AUGGCUGUUUCAUAUACGAGCAAUAUUGCUCCGUCGCGGAACCAGACACUUCCGUCGUUUCGAGAGCUCCUUCCCCCUCAUCUACACGAAGAAAUUGACUCGGCGGCCUACUAUGGCCAGUCUCGCUCCAUGCCGCAGGACCGCAGUCCUGAGGCUGCGGCCUCGUUCAACAAGUCGCAGCAGCAUCCACAGCAUCAACAGCAUCAGCACCGAGGCCAGGCGCUGCCUCCGCCGGGCACGCCGAAUCAAGGCCCUGUGUAUCCCUCGCGCGGACCGAGUCCCAUCUUACCACCGCUGAGAGAUCUCCAGUCGGGCGCCUCAGGGCGACAUCUCGACCGUCCGAUGAGCGGUUACGACCCAGCGCCGCGCUCCGGCCCCGAGCCCGUGUAUGGCGGACGUACUAGUAUGGAAGACGACCGGUUUCGCCCUACUGCACCGUAUCCUGCUAGCAGCGGCGGCGGCGGCGGCGGCGUUGGUGGUGGUGGUGGUGGUGGUGGUGGUGGCAAUGGAGGAGCGCCUCCGGCCAUGUACAACCCUAGUCACAGUCACAGUCACAAUCCAAACCACAAUCCCAAUCACAAUCAUCCCAAGGGCUACGGCGGUGGACAUCCCUAUCCGCCCCCCUCAUACGCCAGCGAGUCCGAGUACUCGCCCAUGACUCACAGCCACACCCUGCCCGCGUCGACGUUUGGCGUCAUCGGCGAACCGCUGGACUCGCGCGGCAAGCGAAGACGAGGAAAUCUGCCUAAGCCCGUGACAGACAUUCUGCGCGCCUGGUUCCACGAUCAUCUUGACCAUCCGUAUCCGACCGAGGAAGACAAGCAGAUCUUCAUGUCGCGGACGGGGCUGUCGAUCAGCCAGAUCAGCAAUUGGUUCAUCAACGCCCGACGGCGCCAGCUGCCUGCGCUGCGCAACCAAAUCCGCAACAGCGAUGGUGACCAUAGAUCAGGUUCGCCCAUGAGCGACGUGGACCUAGGCACCUCGUCGCCGGGCUCGACUUCGUCCCCAACACGCCCUAGGCACGGUUGA